GAAUGCGCCACAGACCUCCCUGUACUUUCAGAUUGAAAAUGGCGGUCUCAGUGUUUCCCGGCGUACGGCUCCUGUCCAUCGGAGACGCAAAUGGAGAUAUACAGCGACACUCAGAACAGCAACCUUUGCGAUUGGAAGUCAAAACCACACAGGAUACUGCACUACUCAACCUCUCUAAUGGAGACGACGCGAGUGUCUUCAAGUGUUCAGUUUCUCGGGAGACGGAAUGCAGCAGAGUCGGGAAGCAGUCGUUCAUUAUCACACUGGGCUGCAACAGCGUCCUAAUUCAGUUCUCCUCACCAGCAGAUUUUCAGUCCUUUUAUAACGUCUUGAAGAACUGUCGAGGGCAUCUAUGUGAGCGGUCAGUCUUCACUGACAGAACAGAGGAAUCAUCUGCUGUACAGUACUUCCAGUUUUAUGGCUACCUCUCACAGCAACAAAAUAUGAUGCAGGACUAUGUGCGCACAGGGACCUACCAACGGGCUAUUUUGCAGAACCACGCUGAUUUCAAGGACAAGAUUGUGCUAGAUGUUGGUUGUGGCUCUGGGAUCCUGUCUUUCUUUGCGGUCCAGGCAGGAGCAAAGAAGGUCUAUGCUGUCGAAGCAAGUACAAUGGCUCAGCAUGCUGAGGUGCUGGUGAACAGUAACCGUCUUGGGGACCAUGUGAUUGUCGUACCAGGAAAGGUGGAGGAGGUGACACUUCCUGAACAAGUAGACAUCAUCAUAUCUGAGCCCAUGGGCUAUAUGCUUUUCAAUGAGCGGAUGCUUGAGAGCUACCUACAUGCCAAGAAGUUUCUUAAACCCAAUGGUAAAAUGUUCCCUACUAUCGGGGAUGUUCACCUCGCUCCUUUCACAGAUGAGCAGCUGUACAUGGAGCAGUUCACGAAAGCCAAUUUCUGGUACCAGCCCUCUUUCCACGGUGUAGAUCUCUCCGCGCUGCGAGGUGCAGCAGUCGAUGAGUAUUUCCGCCAGCCAAUUGUGGACACAUUUGAUAUCCGUAUCCUGAUGGCAAAGUCAGUCAAAUACACAGUCAACUUUCUGGAGGCCAAAGAAGAGGAUCUUUACAGGAUAGAGAUCCCCUUUAAGUUCCACAUGAUGCACUCAGGCCUUGUCCAUGGUCUGGCUUUCUGGUUUGACGUAGCAUUCAUGGGAUCAGCUAUGACUGUAUGGCUGUCCACCGCACCUACAGAACCUCUAACUCACUGGUAUCAGGUACGCUGUUUGCUGCAGUCUCCUCUCUUCACAAAGGCUGGGGAUACGCUGUCUGGUACUGCACUACUGAUCGCCAACAAGAGACAAAGUUAUGACAUCAGUAUUGCUGCUCAGGUGGACCAGACUGGAUCAAAGUCCAGCAACCUCUUGGAUUUAAAGAACCCUUUUUUCAGGUACACGGGUACCAAUCCAACUCCGCCUCCUGGGUCGCAUUACACCUCCCCCUCUGAGAAUAUUUGGAGCACAGGAGUAGCCUACAGCAUGAAUCAAGGGAUGUCCGUAUCAGGAAUGCCUGGAGCUUAUGACCUUAGUACAGUCAUUGGCAGUGGCCCAUCAGUCUCUCACAACAACCUUAUCCCUCUAGUGAACACAGGUAUUGUGAACCACACCCACUCCAGGAUGGGCUCCAUCAUGAGCACAGGAAUUGUCCAGGGUAUGUCCAGUUAAUAAUUAACACAGUGCAGAAGCCCACAUUGGAGCCACAACAGGCCAGUCAGGUCCCAGUAGCAGUGGUGCUUACUAUCCGGUCACCAACCAGUUUACCCUGGGGGGUGCUGCAAUCUCUAUGGCCUCUCCCAUGGUCAUCCCCAGUAACACCAUGCAUUAUGGCAGUUAAGAUGAAGACUUUGCAAAGACCCCUUUAACUUGCCCAUCUCUGCAUGACAAAGACUCCCCUGUAAAAAAAAAACAGAACAAAAAAAAAUCAACUUCAUUUAGUCCCUGCCACUCCUGAAUUCCAACUGACCCACGGACCACAGCCGAUACCAAAACCAGUGCUCUCCUGGCACUUAACUCCUUGUUCAACAUCUUCCUUCUUGUUAUUGUCUGUCCAAUAUUGUACAUCAUCUUUCAAACAUGCUCAUAUCCGUCCGACUCAUUUUAACAUGGCUGAAACGCCCUAUUGUUUUUGUCUCAUAAGGCCUCUUCGUUGCACACCAAUGAAUUGAUGAACUGCAGCAGUUUUCUUAACCCCCCCGCCCCGCAUAUCAAUCACCUUAAUUUCUCUUCUUCUUAGCGAAAUGCAUUGUCUCCAGUGUUUCUCUAGUGUGUUAGCGAAAGAGAGCUCGACACCAGCUGCAAGAGGGAGUUGUACCCCCAGCUCUUCAUUACAUCAUGGUCAACAAUUUUCCUUUCUGGGGUGGGGGCGGGGCUCGUCUUUACAUCAUGUUAUGUCAGACAAAAAGUGAGGAAAAAAACACAUUUGCACCAUGUCCUCAAGGGUGGUGUAUAUGUAUACAGGGACACUUAUAUCCUGAAGUGUAAUGAAAAUUAUCUUUGGUAAUCCGAACCUUUGUAUGAUUAUUUUAUGUUCUGCUCAUUACCUGAUUUUAGGUUAUUGAUGUGUUUCUGUUUGAAGUCUUUCAUAAAAGUAGUCUUGAUGCAACCCUCAAUGGAUCACACGUUUGUUAACGUGUAUGCUGGGCCAUGACAUAAAUAUGCACCUCUUAUUUUC